GCAGAAGGACCCUGAAAAGAUGCUUGAAAACUCCAGGCUGCAGCCAGCGCGCGUGCUGCUGCUGGCGGAGCUGGAAGGACCUCCGAGCCGAGCAGAAACGACUUGGAGCGGGUGGGAAGGAGCACCAGCGCAGAGGACGUUUCCCCGCAGAUCUGCAGCCCUAAAGCCAGAGCGAGUUGUUCUGGACCCGCGGAGCCCACGAAGGAGGUCGGAGCCGCAGCUGGAAGUGGAGGAAGCGCUUGGAGAACAUCUCCAACACUUUGAUCUGAGCUGAGACCGGAUCUCCGGCACCAUGCCACUGUGGGUGUUCUCCCUAAUGCUCCUCAGUCCGGUUCUGACCAGCACCAUCUCCGAACAGAUAGAGGUUCUGGUGUUUCUGCCACAAAACAACUCUUUCCUGUUCUCACGCGCGAGAGUCGCUCCAGCGAUCCGUUACGCGCAGCAGACGCUCCAGGAGGACGGAGGAAAGUUCUCCGGGUUCCGCUUCAACAUCCACUUUGAGAACUCCGACAGGACCAACAGUGCCUUGCUGACCUUAGUGGACCAGUCCUGCGGACAGAAACCAGACCUGAUCCUCGGUCCGGUGCGCGAGUACGAGGCUGCGGGGGUGGUGAGGCUGGCAUCCUACUGGCGGAUCCCGGUCAUCUCGGCAGGUGCUUUGGCCACCGCCUUCGGCAUCAAGGACUCGGAGUACUCCCACCUGACCCGGAUCGCCCCGUCCUACGUGAAGAUGGCAGAGACGUUCAAGGUGAUGUUCGCACGCUUCGACUGGAAGAGCGCGCUGCUCGUGUACGAGGACGACAGGCAGGAGCGGAACUGCUACUUCACUUUGGAAGGGAUUCACCAGCUGAUGGAGGAUCAUCUGUUUAAGAUUCACGCGGUGGCGGAAGAAGAACCACUCUACACCGAGGACAUCCUCCACGACAUCCAGGACUCUGAAGUGGUGAUCAUGUGCCUGAAGGCAGAUCGGAUCCGGGAAGUGAUGCUGGCGGCGAACCGGAACCAGCUGACCGGAGGAAACCACGUCUUCUUUAACGUUGAACUUUUCAACUCGUCGGCUUAUGCUGCAGGUAACGGCUCGUGGAGGAGAGGAGAUGAACAUGAUGACGAUGCCAGACGAGCCUUCGCCUCUCUGAAAACCAUCACUCUGCUGAGGACACUCAAACCCGAGUUUGAGAACUUCUCGGUGGAAAUGAGGAAGUCGAUAGAAAGAAGCGGACUUUCUGACUGCAGAGACUGUGGACAUGUGAACAUGUUUGUUGAGGGCUUCCAUGACGCCCUGCUGCUGUACGCCCUGGCCUUACACGAUGCCAUGAAGAGCGGCUACAGUAAGAAGAACGGGACGGAGGUCACCUCCCGCAUGAGGAACCGAACAUUUGAAGGAAUUGCUGGUCAGGUGUCCAUGGAUACCAAUGGAGACAGAGAUGGAGAUUUCUCUGUGAUGGCCAUGACUGAUGUUGAAGCAGGAACCUACGAGGUGGUGGCCAACUUCUUCGGAGCGAGCGGAAGCUUCCAGUUGCAGCCGGGCUUCAACCCGGACCGUUUCACUCUGAAAGGUCGACAUGAAGCUCAACCAGAUCUUCCAGACAAACCAGAGAAAUCCUGUGAACUAGGAGUCUCGGCCCUGACUGGAGUCGGAGUGGGAGCUGUUCUGGGAGCUGCCAUGCUCAUAGCGUUCUACUUCUUCAGGAAGAAUUACAGGAUCACCAUUCAGCGUCGGACACAUGGGGAAGAGCGAGAGUCCAGGAAGCACCGCCAGCUACGAGAGGACUCCAUCAGGUCCAACUUCUCUGCAGCUUAACCAGUGACCCCAACCACAGAAUCUUCCAUCAACUGUCACCAAAGACUUGGCAAUGAUUUACUUUUGAAACGCAGACUUGUGUUUGUAUUCCAACAUCUUUUUAACUUCUAACUUGGGACAGUCAUUACAGGCACAAAGAUUUGCCUUCAUAUUUAUACUGCUGCAGUCAGCAUCCUGUUUUUAUAUUCAGAUAACACCUGGUCCCAGAGACUGCCACCGGCUCGGUCCACAUUAACCAAGCAGCAGACUGGAUGUGGUCUAGUUCUGGCUUCAGUGUGACACAAAGAGGACUCAUAUUUUAAGCUACUCCACCAGAACACCAGCAAAGCAUCAUUCUGUAAUUAAACACAUUGCAUAAAGUAUGUGUGUAUAUAUAUAUAUAUAUAUAUAUAUAUAUAUAUAUAUAUAUAUAUAUACA